CCAUAGCAUACGUUCAGUUGAGCUAACAACAAAUGGAUGCUCCUUCUACACCCACAACCGUCCUGCUUUCAAACGUGUGUGGCUACACUGUAACGUUGGUUGCGUCGACCUAUGAAGGCGCUCCCAACGUCAUUAAGAGCGGUGACCCAACCUCUAAAUUCCCGCAAGAUACGUCCAUCGAUACUUUCGGAUCUGUUAUGUAUGCCAUAGAAAAUUCGGCCACGUGGAUCGUUGUUUGGACCGCUAAUAAUCAAGUCGCUACCAAGAUCAUUCGUGCUGGUACCCCUGUUAUAUGGAAAGAUAUUUGGGACAGCAUUCGAUGGGACCACGCCGAGGAUUCCAGCUCCACGGCCUCCGGUUGGGUAUACAACUCCGUAGUAGACAUCAGUUCAAAUGGUGAUGCUCAAAUCUUAAGAGCCACACUCUCGUCUGCUCCUGUACCCACAACCGUCAAGCUCGAGAAUGUUUGUGGCGACACUUUAAAGUUGGUUUCGUCGACCUACGAAGGCGCUCCUGACGUGAUCAAGAGCGGUGCACCACCCGUUGUAUUCGAGCAGGAUACAUCAAUCAACGCUUACGGAUCUGUUGUGUAUGCUGUAGGAAAGAUAGCCACGUGGGUCGUUGUUUGGACCGCUAAUAAUCAAGUUACUACCUCUAUCCUUCCCGCUGGUGACCCUGUUAUUUGGGAAGAAAUCUGGAAAAACAUUCAACCCGACCAUGCCGACGAUUCUUACCCCACGAGCUACGGCUGGGGAUACAAUUCAGAAGUAGAUAUCAAUUCAAGCGGUGAUGCUCAGUCCUUAAGCGCCACAAUCACCUCUUUUCCACUUCAAAAUUAAGCUUUGCUUUGCUUAAUUGCUCUUUGCGGCAAUCUGUGGUGCGAUGGUGAGGCUGUCAAACUAAAUAAAAUUAGCUACUUGUUUACACCAUGCACUUUUAUUUUAUAAUUUAAAUAAAUUUGACAGCCAGUAAUAAAGGAUUGCCACCGGCUCUAGCUUUCCAAUAAUGUGUGUUCACUUGUCUUUUUUACUUGUAAUAAUGUCAAGUAAUAAUAAU